CGUCACACAGAGGAGGCCUCACAUGAAGUAGAGAGGGGAGAGGGGGCGGAUUGGGGCGCAACCAUCUCCUCCCACACCCGUCCGGUGUAGUCACUUUACCGACCGAAGACCAGCAAUGAUGCCCUGUUCAAUAAUGCUAGCGGUGGUCUUGUUCGGCGUGUCGAUACUACGCUCCGUUUCGGCUCAGAACGCUGGGUUUUUGCGGUCGCCCAUGUCAGAGACAAAGCUCACGGGGGACGCCCUCGAGCUGUACUGUGACGCGGGCGGCAGCCCCGCCCCCGAGAUCCAGUGGUGGUACGCCCAGACCAAACGCGGCGACUCCUUCAAGCAGCUGCUGGACGGCUCGCGCAAGGGGCGCGUCUCCGUGAGCGCGGCCUCCGGCAAGAACGCGGUGAGCGCGCUGGCCGUCGCGCGCCUCGCCCUGGAGGACGCCGGGACCUACGAGUGCCGGGCCAGCAACGACCCGCGCCGCAACGACCGGCGCCAAAACCCCGCCUUUACCUGGAUCCGAGCCCAGGCCACCAUUUCCGUUCUGCAGAAGCCACGGAUCAACUACUCCAAUGACACGGAUCUGUCCACGGGCGGCCCCAACGCGCCCAUCACCCUGCAGUGCAACCUGACCAGUGCGCAAAGCCCCUCCCAGGGAAGCUUCUGGAUGAAGAACGGCGAGAUGAUUUCCGGGACGAGCAAGGAGCUCAAUAACACGGAAUACAGGAUCCUUAAACCAAGGGCAGACGAUGCAGGGGAAUACACGUGUGUUUUCACCUUUGAAAUGUUGCCUCCUGCUAAUGCCACCAUAGAGAUUAGAGCUGCCCCUGAUAUCACCGGCCACAAGCGCAGUGAGAACAAGAACGAGGGCCAGAGCGCCCUGCUGUACUGUAAGUCCGUGGGAUACCCCCACCCUUUGUGGACCUGGUACAAGCUGGAUGCAGGCAAGUCCGUGGAAAUUGACAACUCCUCCGGGCGGAUUUUCGUCAGCAACAAGGACAACUAUACGGAGCUGAGCAUUGAGAAGCUGGACAUCGGCGAGGACCCGGGCGUGUACCUGUGCAACGCCACCAACGUGAUGGGCAGCGCGUCCAUCCCCACCAUCCUGCGGGUGCGCAGCCGCCUGGCCCCCCUCUGGCCCUUCCUGGGCGUGGUGUUCGAGGUCCUCAUCCUGGUGGUCAUCAUCGUGGUGUACGAGAAGCGCAAGCGUCCGGACGAUGUGCCCGACGAUGACGAAACAGCGGGACCAAUGAAAACAAAUUCCACAAACAACCACAAAGACAAAAACCUGCGCCAGAGGAACACAAACUAAGCAGACUGACCACCGAGUGAGUACUUUCUCCCGGACUGCCUACAUGCCGACAAUGCUCCUCUUGACAGCAGUAAUUUAUUCAUAUGGUAAUCCCAUUAAUAACAACUGCCGACUAAUCAACACACAGCGUACUACUGAACCGCCCAUUCACCUUUACGAUGCAGUUAACGUUGAGGUAAAAGCCAUCACGACAGGUCUCCAUCCGACUGCCGGCGGGAAACAGGGAGUCGGCGUUGUUGUCCUGGGGGUAACGUCCCUCCUCAGUUUCUUCUUCCUUUCCAGAUGUCUAAAUGAGUAUCUUGCCCGUGUGCAGGAACCUAGGACGGAGCUCCUGGCAAUUUUCAACGAAGCAUGUCAAUUUUGGAGUAUGACCCUUAACACCUCUCCACUGAAGGCCGAGGGUGUGGUGGCCAUUUUAAGCAUGCCUUGUUCAGUCUUAACGUCAGAACGCUGGGACGGAUAUCGCUUCAGUCUGUUAAGAAAGUGUACACAUUUUUUCUGUGUGCUCUUCGUGUUGCUUUUUCGUUGUCAUUUUUUUAUUUAUCAUUUUCAUUGGCAAAGACUAUUUUAACCUUUUGUUUUAUUAUGAAUUGCAUGAUAUUAAGAAACAACUUUUUGUUGAAUUGUUAAGCAGCUUUGCAGAAAAUGGAUUAUGCUUGUUUUUGUUGUUGUUGUUUUUAAUCAAAAACUUCCAAAAGGAAAAAAACACUGCUUUAUUCUGGUAGAAUACUUUUUUGUACAUUCUAUCAUUCCAUUGCAUAUGAUUUGAUACAGUGGAAUUGAAUAAGGAAUAUUACCGGUUAGUUAUAAAGUAAGGGCUUCACGGUGUCCAAAGUAUUUAAUCAAGGAGAAAUGAAUGAAGAAAAUGUACUAUAUAUCAAGUACUGAAAACAGCAAUUAAAUGGUGCAAUUAGAUGUCUUGUACAUAUUACAAAUAAGUGUUAAUUAUUAUAGCAAGUCUGUAUAAACUUUAUUUUAUAACGCACAUUCUCUACAUUUUUUAUUUUUAUUGCAUUGAAAAUAUUAUAAAGCAUGGCUAAUAUCCUAUGCAAUAUUUACUCAUAUAGGCCUAUUCAAAUUUCAAGGCGAGAGCAGUUUGAUUUUCUCAAUAAUAAAGCUUUAAUGUUGUGGGAUCACUUUACAAAACUGGUGUACUAUAAUACACUUCUGUAGCUGCAUGACUUCUCUAUAAAUACCAUGUAUAAGUGUGUUGCAAUGGAAAUUGACCUACAUUAGGGUGGACAGCAGGAGGGAGUAAAAGGCCACAAAGAACAUGUGAAACCAAUCAUUUUUAAGAAUAAACCACUCCAAAGUA